AUGUCUUAUUUACGGAAUUUCUCAACACCGAAAUUCACAAAUAUACCGGCUGAUCAAUCUUAUGACACGAUCCCAACACCAACUAAACGUGAUUCAUGCUCCUCCAUAACAAAUCAAACUUAUUCCAGUGACAGUGGAUAUAAAACUAUUGACAGUCUAACUGAAACUAAUAAAACUAACCAACGAUUUAAACAAAACCAUUCACAAUUGAAAUUUUCAAUUGAUUCCAUCUUAUCUCAUUCAUCAACAUCAUUGUCAUCUUCAGCUUCAAGGCCAUUGUUAUCAAUGUCACCGCCACAAACAAACAGGUUUCAGAUGAGCAAUAUUAGUAGUAGUAGUAUUAGUAGUAGUAUGUUUCUUCAAAAUAUUGAAAAUUGUACACCAUUAACAAAAGUCAACAAGCCAAUGGUUUGUUUAAAUCAACAACAACAUAAACAACGCUGUCAAACGCUACAAAUCCCUAACUAUCCAUAUUUCAUUGAUAAUGAACAAUUAGUUCCAUUAGAUUUAUCGAUUUUCAAUGGGAAAUCCACAUUGAAAAUGAAACAAUCCGUAAAUUAUGUGAUUAAAACAACAACUAAUACUGAACAACAACAACAACAGUAUGAUUGUCGUUAUUGUGGGAAAUCGUAUUCAGUGAAAUCGUCGAUAAGGUUACAUGAAGCAACGCAUACAUUACCAUUUUAUUGUCAAGAUUGUGGUAAACGUUUUUCACGUCCAUGGCUUCGUGAUAUACAUCGUAGAACGCAUACAGGUGAAAAACCAUAUGAAUGUACUAUAUGUGGUCGACGUUUUGCUGAUCGUUCGAAUAUGCGAGCACAUCAACGUGUUCAUAAAGAACGAGAGUAA